UUUACUUUGGUUGCUGGUUUUUGCCGAAGCUGUCACGGCAAAAUUUACUCCGUUGCACGAAAGCACAGGUUCCAUUCCAGAUAAACUCUUCGAAUACAGCAACAGUAAAAUGUGCAGAAAUUUGAAUUUUUAAAAAAAAUAAUGGAGCAAUAUAAACUUGCAUAGAAUAGGCUUUGUGUUGUAUUUCUAAAACAGUUUUCUAAGUCUGAAAUAACUUUUGCGCUGUUUCGAAUAACUAACUUCCCCAUAAAAUUUUUAUUCUUUUCAACUACAGAAACUUUAAGGUAUUUAAGCAGUUCUGAAUUACAGACUCAUUUUCUUUUCUUUUUCGGACAUCUGCUUUAUAACAAACAUUUUCAGUCCUCGAAUUUUGAUCCAAAUUAAAUAGGAAAUUACAUGAAAAUUAUUGCAACGGGAUAUUUCUUUUAAAAUUGCGUAAAAAAGAAGCAGCUGGCAUUAUGUUUAUAUAAAAAUGAAAAACUUUGUAAAACUUAUGUAUUGAGCACAGUUGAAUGAACUUUUAAUACGAUUAAUCAUUCACCAUGAAGACGAAAAUUGGAUUUUUAUCUUUGCUAUGCCAUAUUUUUUACAUCCAAGGAACCCUUGCUUAUGUAUAUUCCGGUGGCUCUACGAGCUGGGAAGACUGGUGGACAUACGAUGGCAUAUCAGGACCGGAUUUUUGGGGUCUUCUGAAUCUCGAAUGGAGUUUAUGCAGCAAAGGCAGAAGGCAGUCGCCCGUGAAUGUUGAUCCAGCUGGACUUCUCUUUGAUCCCAGUCUUAGACCUCUUCAUGUCGAUAAAAUUAGGGUGAAUGGAAUUAUAACUAAUACUGGUCAUGGAGUUAUAUUUCGAACGACACCUGCAUCACAUGCGGAAAUUUUGAAUAUAACUGGUGGGCCCCUUUCAUAUAAGUACCGAUUCAGUGAAAUACAUAUCCAUUUCGCACGAACGGAUGAUAAAGGCUCAGAACAUUUAAUAGCUGGAUAUCAGUUUCCUGCUGAGGUAAGUCUACAAAUUUCUUGCUGUUUAAGUGUAUUUAUUCAUCUGGAAUGGAAAAAGAUAGAAAGAUAA